AGUGAGCUUAGGAGUUUUCUCCCGAAUUACGGAAAAAUUUUCGAGCACAUCAAACACGAACAACCUUGUCCUCAAUCCAGAGUGGGUUCUGAAAAAGUUUCGUGGAAAAAAGGCCCGACCCAGAGAGAGGGGCCCGACAUUUUCCGACGGACAUUUCUUCCGCCCGUCUCAAACGUCCUCUUCGUGCGUUCGCUGAUCGAGGAUCGUCUUCAGCUGCGCUCGUCUUCUUCAGUAUCGUGUGGAAGUAUCCGUGCAUAGCUCAGUCAAGGAAAGCAAUGGCUUUGGGGAUCCUUAUGGGUAUCUGUCGAGCAAUGAGAAGAAAGCGUAGCUCUACACUUAAUAUCUUAUCUUCUAAAAGAGGACCUCGUGAUUAUUAUAAGGGGAAAAAUUGCAAAUCCACUGGUUUCCACACACGGAAAGGUGGAUAUGUUGUGAUGGAUGAAAAGUUGCCCCAUUAUGUUGUUCCUGACUUGACCAAUUUCAAGCUUAAACCUUAUGUGGCUCAGUGCUCCAGAGAUGCAACUAGCUCCGAGACGACUGCUGCAACCAAAUAGGUUCACGAAUAGCAUGUUUUUGAGCAAUGGCGAGGUGGACAUUAACAAGCUGGGAGAUUGUAGCUGGCUGAUUAAUAAUUCUGCUACUUUUUACCAUGUAAUUUCUGCAUCUUUUUCUGUAGGACUUGGUCAAAGGUUAUGUUUUUGAUGGGUUCAUGUACUAUACCAAGCAAGAAAUUGUUCUGUUCUCUUUA